AUGGCUGCAAGAUAUGGGAAUUUUGUGCAAGUCCCAUCUGUGGACGAUGAAUCUUUGUUAUCACUGGUGGUGAGGUGUAGAGGAAUGAUGGGCAAGGACAUUCGUAUCAAUUUCAUGAUCAUGAUUAAUUUCAUGACGCUUGUUUGUAAGUGUCAGAGCAUCCGCCUCAAGACAGGCUUACACCUGAAAGGGAUUUAUGAGAAUGAAGUCAAAGACCGCCCUUCAGAGACGAAGGUCACUUAUCGCACUUUUUUGGAGUGGCAUGCUACUGGUAGCAAGUUCAUUGCCAUCGCAUGUGGUGGCUCCAUAUAUGCUUUAGUACUCAUCGCAGGCCUUGGUCUUAGAGUGUCCAUCGCAUCCAUGGUUGGAACCACGCACUUACAUCUAGCAGACAUGCUACGAUCACCUCCAAGGGAUUCUCCUCAAAGAAAGCUGAUUCUUGAACGCAUUGUACCCACCAUCGCACGCAUGCGACUCUCCCAUCCCUUCACAUCUGAUCGGUUUUUUGAUGCCAUUAUCCAAAACGCAUUCACACCACUCCAUAGAAGUGGACAUGUUUGGCGCGCUUGCAUUGCGCCUGUGCCAACUGAUCUUCAAAGGCUGCCCUUACACACUGUCAAUCACAGUGAGCUCUAUGGUGUAGGUCGUCCUUAUAGUCCACCAUUAUCCGACAUCGAGGAGGACGAGAUCGCGCAUGUUGUCAUUGACACAGCGUUUGAUCCAUCAUCAGCUAAGAACAAGUGCUUCAAGCCUCCUCGCGACAAGGUCCUGAACACUAGCUGUAGUGCGGCGGAGAGGUUACGAGCAGAGGCGGGUGAAAGGGUGAAAAGCCUGGAAGACUUACGCAACAAGCUCAAAACUUUCUAUCGCAAUGGCGUCAAGAAAUUACCUGGUGCAUACUUACUAAUCUCAAUGCAGAUCAUGCCAAAUCACCACCUAGAUCUUCGAAACAAGGAUGGGUCGUUGAUGGCGUUUGUAUCUACUGCACUUCCCACCCACAUACGCGCUUCUCUGGAAGUCAAUUUACUGGCUGCACUCGGAAAUGCAGACUUGCUUGGAGAUAUGGAUACGCGCUUGCCUGGAGGUAGACCUUUCCAGGCUAUGCACCUCUCUUGGUACAAUCGCCAUUGUACAUCGGGCCUUAACGCUCCAACAGACGUUCAACCUUGGCUGCUAGAGAAGGAAGGAAUGCGCACAAACCAUGGUCAAGUUAUUCCCUACAUAUCCCAGGACUUACAACAGCACAGACUCGUAUACGGAACAAUCUCAAAGGUGUACGGGGAGUUAUUUGAGUGGGUAAGACAGUUGAUGGAGAAUUACCUACAAGAAGAGUUCGAAAUGCUGAUGGAGGUCGCCUCAGUUUUGCCUGGCAACGCUCUUCCCCCUGUUGUUCCUUUCAUUUCUCUAGUGAUCAACAUCAAUGUUCGCACCAAAGCUCAUAGAGACAGCGGCAAAGGCAAAAGACCGCCUUCCCCUACUUCCUCAGCUCCUCCUGCUAGUAAUAAAGGCAAGACAAAAGCAAGCAAAGUUAUAACUGAUGACCAGUAUGACGAAUUCCUGAAGUUUCAAGCUCAAAAAAAGAAGGAAGCUGAACUCAAUCGUCGCAAAGGUUUGAGGAAGAAUGUUGACGCCAUGCUAGAUGAAGAAGAGAGUAAUACUGAGCAUGAGAUUACGGAGCAUAACAAGAGGAAAAAAGUGAGCAAGAAGGCAAAACCUAUGGACACAGAUGAAGAAGUAGAAGACGAUGCCAAUCCUGAUGAUAUUUUGCCUCACUUGGACCCUAAGAAAAAGAAUACGCCCAUAGCCAGUGAAGAUUCAGAUCAUUCGCGUCACCCAGAGGCAGAUUCAGCAAUAGAGACAGAUGUAGCUGGAGAGCAGUCUGUGGUUAAGAAGAGAAGCAAUGGUCUAAUAGAAGUCAAGGAUGAGUCGCAAGAUGAAAUGGCUGUCAGGCGUCGCAGAAGGGGGGCCAAUAAAGGUGAAGUCAGACCACCUACUACCCUUGCAUCUUUAAAAAAAGAUGGAUGCGGACCUUUGGUGGAUCUUGCUCAUCAACUGCUGAGAGUAAAAAUUGCCCUGGAGAACGCCUUUCCUGGUCCUUCUGUAGAUGUCCAGGACGCCUUUGCCUGGAACUGUAUCAAGGAGGCUGGUAAAGAAUCAGGCUCCCCAAUGAAGGUUAUGUUUGAUCGCAUUAGUGAAGAUGAUACACUCAAAGGCAGGGCAUUGGCAUAUGUAUGGUCAGGUGCAUCUCAGUUAAGGGGGGAGUUGGCUAGGAAGGCUAGAGAGAAUGUGAUUUUCAUGUUGCAGCAUUUACGUCCCAAGGAAAUAGCCGACAUAGCUAAUUGGGUUAUAUCUACAAGAAAGGAGCCGUUCCUUAGUGGUGAGAUGGACAUUAAAGCCAAGACCUUCAACAAGAACCUUCCUUUCCGCACACACCUCAUCAAGCAACUUCUCAUGGGCCAAUUUUUUCAGGGCGCUGGUGCUGAAGGAUUGCUUUACAAGGAAGAAUUUCAAAAGCUUCCUGAUAAUCUUAUUGCGCUUUUGGCAGCUUCAAUAGAGUGUGCAUACAAAGGCAUGCUCACAGGUACACCAGUUGUAGUAGAGUUCAAGGAACCAGUGUUUCAACCAAGACAUCAGUACUACUUGUCUAAACUCACUGAGUAUAGCCUUAAGACUCCAGGCUAUAUGAAGAAAUUGAGAGAUGAUCUGUGGACUGAUAUUGGAGAGGCUUGUCGUUUCCAGCUUAGAGAAGAGGGAGGCGACAGUGAUGAAUCUGAUGUUGAUUUUGAUGCAAUGGAGGAGUAUGCUAGGCCAAUGUCUGGUGUAGCAAAUGUUGAUGAUGCUGUCGUCAACUGA